AUGGCGCGAGGCAAGAACUUCAACCCAGCUCGCGAAACCGCCGCCGCCGCUGCAGCGCCCUCGCCCUCGUCCGCGAAGCCGGGCAAGGCGGCGGUCGCUGCGGCCGCCGCGGACGGCAUCGACGUCGGCUUCGAUCCCAAGCCUCGAAACACCACCGGCGAGGCUAUCGUGGACACGUACGGUCCCUCGAUUCCCGGGGAGCACAAGUGGCUGGGCGCGGCGGUGGCGGACGACGGCAACAUCUACGGCGUGCCUUCUCACAACCGAAGGGUGGUGCGCGUCGUGCCGGGAACGGGCGAGGUGACGGAGUUGGGCGACGACGACACACUCGGCGAUCGCAAGUACAAGUUCCUGCGCGGUAUCCGCACGAAGGCGGGCACCAUCCUCGGCAUUCCCGCGUGGGCCACCUCCGUGCUCGAGAUCACCCCCGCCACCGGAGAGGUGACCACCAUCGGCGACUUGCGCCCGCCGGAUGGCAACAUGAAGAAGUGGAAGUGGAUGUGGCACGGCGCCGCGGCGGGGCUGGACGGUAACAUCUACGGCAUACCGUCAAACGCCAACGAGGUCCUCAAGGUGGACCCCGUGACGAGGGAGGUGACCCGAUUCGGCGCGGAGUCGAUGCCGCCGGGGCAGAACAAGUGGUACGGCGGCAUCAGAGGCCCGGAUGGCGCCAUCUACGGGAUACCCUACACCGCGAACCACGUCCUGAAGAUCGUGCCGGAGACGCAGGAGGUGAUCAUGCUCGGGGAUCUGUCGGACGUAUCGGGCGGGUGGAAGUGGCACGGAGGUGUGCUCGCUCCGGAUGGGUGCAUCUACGGCUUCCCGUCGCACGCCGAACGCGUGCUCAAGAUCAACUGCGCGACGGGGGAGGUGAAACAGAUCGGUCCGAGGUUCAAGGGGAGAUACAAGUGGGGCGGCGGCGCCGUUGGGUUGGAUGGGAACGUAUACGGGAUGCCGUCGGACACCAACACGGUGCUUCGCAUCAGGUGCGCGACCGAGGAGGUCGACACCAUCGGCAAGGGACUUCUGCCCAAUAUCAAGAACAAGUGGCAAGGCGGCGUGCUCGCCCCCGACGGCGCAAUCUACGCCAUACCUUCCGACGCGGCCAACGUGCUGAAGAUCGUGCCCGAGACGGGGACUGUUUCGCUCGUGGGUCAGCUCAGCGAUGACCCGGACAAGUGGCAAGGGGGGUUCCUCGGCGCCGACGGGAUCAUCUACGGGAUCCCAGAAAACGCAGAUAAGAUUUUGCGGAUCAUCCCGCCGGAGAAUGAGGAGGGGAUGGCGAGGGUGGUGGCGGCGGCGGCGGCGUCCGGCGCCGCUGCGGUCGGCAAAACGGACGAUUACGACAAAGGUCAGGAAGUUAAGAAAGAGGUAAAGGUGGCGGCGGGGGCGGAGGCGGCGGCGGCGGCGGCGGCGGCUGUUGCGGCGCCGGCGGAGGCCAUGAUGCGGAGCCGUCAGUUGCCGCCGCUCGUGAGUCAUCCGAUGCCGCCGCUUUUUAAGGGGGUGGACUACACGACUCUGCUCGUCGUCGCCGGCGUGGGGUUCAUAGCGGGUAUCCUCUACGGACUUCGACGCAGAUGA